AUGACGGGCGAGCACCGUGGCUUCGCCUUCAUCGAGUUUGCCGAUAUUCGUGAGGCCCGCGAAGUCAAACAUCAGAUGGACCGCACACAGUUUAUGGGUGUCGAAAUCGGUGAGGCCAUCGAUGCCCGCGCGCGCGAGCGUCGCAGCCGCAGCCCCGAUCGCCGCAACAGCAGCCGCGACCGCCGCCGUCGGUCGACGUCGCGCUCGCCGUCGCGCUCGCCAUCUCGUGAAAAGGCGCGUCGCAGCCAGAGCGGCAGCCCUGCCAAGCGCAAGAACUCGUUCGAGUAAUGCGGAUGCGAUCCACUCCGUACACUGCGCAGCAUUGUGUUGUUGGUCGCACCACCUCUAAAACCGUGUGUAGAUGCGCACGCGUCAAGGCUUCGUUAACUUGAUGAUC